AAAGAAAGAGAGAAAGAGGAAGUAAGAGUUGAGAGCUCUGAAUGAGAGAAAAAGUGAGAGAGGGGUGAUUAUAAGAAAGAUGAAAAAUGAAAAGAGAGAGAGAGAGAAAGAAUGACAGAGAAAGGCAUUGGCAAGAGUAAAAAGGAGAGUCCAAAGAUGUGGGAGAGGGAAAUCUGUGGAGGAGAGGAGUGUUAAAACGACUGAUGAGGAAUGAGUAAAUGAUUGUACACGUGAAAGAAUAACAGGAAGUAUAGAUCUACUGAAAAUAGGAGGAAUUUUCUCAAGAAAGAGAGACAAGAAAGUGUGGUCUGUAAGAGGUGGAAAAGAAAGCCAGUGAAGAGUUUUGGAGAGCAAGGCGGCAAAUCAGUCAAGCUGUAUUUUUGGGAGUAGAAGAUAGCUGAUUCUUUUGCAAAACAUCAACGAAGACAACAUUCCCUGGAUAAAUUUUACAUGAUCACCAUGGUUUCCUUCAACUGAUCUUGUCAUUAUAUUAUAAUAAGACUUGACAAUCACUGAGCGGCUUCAAACACAUUAAGGCUACAACAAUGGCUGUACAUAUUGCUGGGAUUUUAGCUAUUGUUGUUUUCUACCUUGGAAUCUUGUUCGUAGGAAUAUGGGCUGGUCGCAAGUCCAAACAAACAGGUUCACAAGCUGACAGUGAUGAUGUGAUGUUAGCAGGGCGGAAUUUAGGGAUGCUUGUUGGAAUAUUUACUAUGACAGCAACAUGGGUUGGAGGUGCCUACAUCAAUGGAACAGCUGAAAUUAUCGUUCGUGAUGGAUUAUUCUGGUGCCAGGCACCUAUUGGAUAUGCCCUGAGUCUUAUAUUUGGUGGUCUUUUCUUUGCUGAAAAAAUGCGUACACAGGGUUACGUUACCAUGUUAGAUCCUUUCCAGAUUAAAUAUGGUGAGCGAAUGGGUGGUUUGUUGUAUUUGCCAGCCCUUCUUGGAGAAGUGUUUUGGUCAGCUGCAGUACUUUCAGCUCUUGGUGCCACUUUGGCAGUAAUUCUUGAGCUUGAUACAAACAUAUCCAUCAUUGUCUCAGCUUGUAUUGCCAUAUUCUACACACUUUUUGGUGGACUCUAUUCAGUCGCCUAUACAGAUGUGCUCCAACUGUUUUUCAUCUUUUUGGGCCUGUGGAUUUCUCUUCCUUUUGCCAUGACCCAUAAAGCAGCUCACAACAUUGCAAUUAAUGCCACAACUAACUGGAUUAAAGGUGUUGAUGCCAAAUAUAUUGGCAGUUAUACUGACAGCUAUCUCUUACUGAUAUUUGGAGGAAUUCCUUGGCAGGCUUAUUUCCAACGUGUACUAUCAUCCAAGUCAGCAUUUAAAGCAAAAAUGCUGUCAUAUAUUGCAGCUUUUGGAUGCAUCAUUAUGGCUCUCCCUGCUAUCCUCUUUGGUGCUGUUGCUGCCUCCACAGACUGGAACCAGACUGAAUACGGACAAGCUCCAGAAGGAAAGAACUUAAAACUUGUCUUGCCUCUCUGUUUGCAGUAUAUGUGUCCUGAUUUCGUUUCAUUUUUCGGUUUAGGAGCUAUAUCUGCUGCCGUCAUGUCUUCAGCAGAUUCUUCUAUUCUUUCAGCAGCUUCCAUGUUUGCUCGGAAUGUAUAUAAGCUAAUCUUUCGCCAAAAAGCAUCGGAUCAAGAAAUCCUUUGGGUGAUGCGUGUAGCUAUUUUUGGUGUUGGUGUUCUCGCAACUGCAAUGGCAUUAAAGGUGACAUCGGUCUAUGAUCUUUGGUAUCUUUGCUCCGAUUUUGUCUACGUGAUAUUGUUCCCCCAACUUGUGACUGUUGUGUAUUUAGAGUGGGCAAACACCUAUGGAUCGUUAGCUGGCUAUAUAGUUGGCAUAUUCAUGCGCCUUUCAGGUGGGGAACCCACACUUUUUAUUGAACCCAUCAUUUUUUAUCCUUUCUAUGAUGAGGAUGAACAUCUUCAAAUGUUUCCAUUCAAAACCUUAGCCAUGUUUCUUUCUCUUGGAACAAUAGUGGGUGUUUCGUACGUAUUCAAAUACCUCUUUGAGAAUGCCCAUCUACCACGGCGCUAUGACGUUUUCAUGUGCAUUGUCAACAUACCAGAUGAAGUUAUUGCCCUCGCCAUGAGAGAACCAGCGAAUGAACUGACAGCAAUCACACCAACACUAGAAAUGAAUGGUAAAAUUAACCCAGCACUGAAGAUAUCACAAGAAGAUCUGGGUGUUAAAGAGCAUGUUAACUAUGGAUACAUUGGAACAACAUCAGAUCCUACUCUUGGAUCAAAUGGUUAACCAUAUUGGAAGUUACAUAGUCAAUAUACCCUGGUUUAGAACAAAUGAACAAAAACCAUUGCAAUAACCCUCAAAACAAACCAGUGAUGAUGGCCAAGGUGGCAAUGUCUUUGAAAAC